AUGUCGUUCAAUAUUAAUUGGGAUUCUAUUCAAAAAGAGUCGUUGAGCGCUUGGACUGCAGAGUUAUUAAACGAUGCCUUGAAUUCCGGUAAACGUCCAAACGUUCUUUGUACUGACAUCCAAAUAGAAGACCUGAGUUUUGGCACGAUCCCCCCUGAUUUCGAAAUACUGGAAAUUGGUGAUCUGUCGAGUGAUAGUUUCAGAGGCAUCUUCAAGUUCAAUUACGACGGAGACGCUUCCAUAACGUUGCGUACAAAAGUUCAAGCUAAUCCGCUAAAAAUCUAUGAAGAUAAUCUGUUGGACCAGUUUGAAGAUGAUCAACGUGAGCUAGGUGAAUUCAUCAAACCACGUUUUGUAAUGGCUACAGACAUUUUAGAGAUUCCUUUGAACUUGAAACUGUCUCAGAUCAAGCUGUCCUCGAUUAUCAUUAUUGUGUUCUCAAGAAGUAAAGGUUUAACUUUGGUGUUCAAAAAUGAUCCAUUGGAAUCAAUUUCUGUGAGUUCCACUUUCGAUAGAAUUAAACCGUUAGCCAGGUUCCUACAGAACAAAAUAGAAACCCAAAUAUCCGAGCUUUUCAAGGAAUUCCUUCCCUCAGUUUUGUACAAAUUCUCUCAGAAAUACACCACAGAAAAUUUUGCCGAUUUCCAUAGAGAGUUAUUGCAUACCCAGCAUCCAGAAAGAAAUACAGAGAACAGAGUUACUUUACAGGACAUAGAUCCAGAAGCUCCACUUAUCAUCUCCCCAGGUUCACUUAUGCGUUUGACAACACUUAGUUCUUCAAGACAGACUUUAACUUUGGGAGGCAAGAUCAGUGCAGACAAACUGAAUCCAGACAUUAUUACGAAGAAUUAUUUUAACGAGUUGAUUCCAAAGACAUACAACAAGUUUCAGCUCAAGGCUGACAAAGUUGCCGAUAUUGCCCAAAACAUUCACUCAAUUAAGAAUCUCCAGUCUAGAAUAUUUUGGAAGAAUUCGAAGAACAAUGACAAACCCCACAGAAGAGUUGUAUGUCUUGGUGAUAAGGAUAAGAGCAAAGAAAAAUGCAAACAAGUUGAAUCAGAGUCUUUGUAUAGGAGAUCUGUUUACUCUCAAGGCUCUAUCUUCAACGAUGGGGCUUCUGACGUUUCUACGCUAACUGAGAGUACGGAGGUUGAGCAAGAGGCACCAAAUACAGAAUUCCCCAAACUUCAAGCAGUUGAUCUAAAACCUGACAUGUCAGUGGAGACAAUCAUUCAAAACAGCAGCCAAGAAAAACACAGGAAAGUAAAACCUAUUGAUGACAUUGGUUUAAUAGGGAGAAGAAAGGAAAGAUUAAGAGAGCUUCUCAAGUAUGACGUUGUGGACUUUAGUAUGCCUCCAAUGCCUGGCUCCCCUACCAAGUUUUUCAACACAAACAUUUUUCAUGACAGCAAUCACAUCAACAACGGCAACUUACCAAUAAGGGUAGCUCCUCCACCAUAUCAAUGCUAA